UUGAGUUGAGUUGAGUUGAGUGGAGUCUACGGCUUCUUCAAAGGCAAUGGCAACAAUGAACGAACACCUCCCCGAAGAAAUCACGACACAAAUCCUUUAUAGGUUACCCCUGAAACAAGUAAUCCGUUUCAGCUGCACUUCAAAGAGAUGGAGAUCAAUUGUCUCAGAUCCCCAAUUCGCCAAAUCGCAUUUCACAUUCGCUUCUGAGCGGAGAACCCUCAGUCACAGACUCCUGCUCUCCACGCCCUCUCAUAUGGAAUCCUUAGACUUGCAAACACCGUCGUUUGUGGAAGACUCUUGUAUCAGAAAGCCUAUCUGCCCAUUCAAGCAACCAGGGCGCCCCGUCUUCACACUCGGUUCCUGCAAUGGUAUGGUGUUUGUAUCUCUUGAUUUCCAUGAUGGAUUUUAUAUCUGGAACCCAUCAACUGGGUUGUUCCUCAAAUUGCCCAACCCGGGUUUUGCCUCGGAAGAAAAUAAAACGAUUUCAUGUCUCCACCAUUGUGGUUUUGGGUAUGUUUCGGCCACUGACGAUUACAAAGUUGUUGUGGCUGCUCCAUCUGAGGUGAAUCCAGCCAUGCCUAUACAAGUGUUCUCCUCUAAAUCCACCUCUUGGAAAAGGUUUGAAUCCCCUCCCCACUUCUCCUUGAUGCGUUGGUUCGAUACAAUUAGGGGCAGUCUUACUAAUGAGGCACUACAUUGGCUCGACGAAUUGCGUGAGCCGGAGCUAGACACUUCCAGAUACACCAUCACUGCUUUUGAUUUAGACAGAGAAGAAUUUCGGGAAAUGCCGCUUCCUAUUUCGGGUGAGACACUUUCAGAUAGAUCGUUUUUAAGAGGCGUAGGGGUUGUUUUUGGAGGGUGCUUGUGCGUAUCUAGUUUUGAUGGUGAGUAUUUUCAAUUAUGGGUGAUGAUGGAAUAUGAUGUUGGUGAAUCUUGGACCAAGCUGUUUAAGUUUAAGAAUGCGGGGAUUCAUCUUGUGCUACCUGUCUUCUACACGGAAAGAAGGGUUGUUAUGUGGGGAUGCAGAUUUUGGGAUGGGGAGGUGGACGACCUCUUGAUAAGGUUUGAUCAUAACGAAGAAGAGAAGCUUGACAGGGUUGCGGUUUGUAGUGCGACAUAUUGGCUUGGUCGAAACGGGUAUGGUCCAUAUAGGUUUGAGCCAGGUCACUGUCAUAUGAUCCAAUAUGAUGAAAGUCUACUUUGGCUUCAUGAUUCUAGGGCUGAGGGGAGGUAAAUCGACUGAAAAUCCAACACAAGCGCAGCAGCAGAAAGUGAAGAGGAAGGAUUGCUCUAUGCAUUCAUGUGCUUGCUGGUUUGUGCUCCUCACUUGAGCUAUUGGAAAAAUGUUUGUUUGUCUUCUUCAUAUUCUUCUGAAAUGUACUCAAUAUUCAAAUGCCUUUGAAUCUCUUAAAUUUACAAGUAUCUCUUUUAAUUGGUCAUCAUAGACUGAACUUUCGUCUUAGAGUACGUCUAAUUAUCUGAUGUUAUGAUAUGAUGGGAUCUCUAUUCCAUUGUUUCAAUUCACUUAUACUCCUGUUCGUAUUAUAUAUCCCAGUCCUAUACUCCAGAGGAUGGAUCAAUUUGUUUUCUUACUCCUGAUCAGCUGAAAAUGAAUCAAAAAAUUAGUUAUGUACCCUUGGAACUAAAUCUUGGAAACUUUGCUCUAUAUGUUCAUUGAAGUAGAUUGAAUAAGUCAAACUUUCAAAAUAUUUGAUG